AUGGAUCCAGCACACAACAACACCCACCGACCUCUUGGUCGCAUUGGCCAGAUCGUCCGCGCCAUCUCCUUCGUCGAUCUCGUCACCUGUUCCGGCGACCGCUGGACUUUCGAGUUCGCCUCGUGUCUUCUUCCGGCUCAGGUUCUCGCUCCGGCUCAUGUUCCAUCUUCGACCAUUCUGGACAUGCCGCCGGACAUGGUGACCGUCCGGCGCAUCGCCAGCGUCCACCCCAUCCGGGGCAGCUCGAGCCACGAUGUCGUCAUGGUGGACGGUUGGAGUGUGGUAGCGAAGAAGCACGAAGAGUACAAAGCCGGCGAUCUGGUUGUCUUCUUCGAAAUUGACAGCUUCCUACCAGACGCUACAUACUUCUGGGAAUAUGUCGCUACGAGCAGACUGAAGAUGAACGGCAAAGAAGGCUUUCUCAUCAAGACCACAGAACCACUCGGCGCAUGA